AUGUCACCUACUUUCCCAACUACUUCACCACCUAAUUCCAUGAACAUUCUUACUUCUCACGAAUAUGAUAUCUUACUUAAUCCACCUUAUACGCUGAGCGUCUCCCUCGAUUCUCUUAUCAAACCUAAACGCGGCCGAAACAGAAACCAUUGUUCAAAGCCUCCUCGGCCGUCUAAUUCUUGGAUUCUUUUUCGUACGAAUUUUACGAGCAGAUUACGAUCUCAAUACCCUGAAAAUUCAUACAGUAUUGUAGACAUCUCUAGGAUGGCCGGUAAAGAUUGGGAAAGCCAGCCGACUACAGUCAAGCAGUACUUUUGCGCUUUGUCUAAAUUGGCUGACAAACGACAUAAAGAAACCUAUUCUGACUACACUUUCAGGCCAGAAAAAUCAAAGCGAAACAAAAGAAAGAAUUUGCUGUUUAAAGAAGUGGAUAAAGCUAAACUUAUACAAGAUGGAAACAACGCCACUAAGAUGACAAGAGACAACAUUCAGUUGGAUAACUCUGUUCAACUGAAUGCAGAUAAUGCAGUCGAACAAGGCUCUGUUCAACAAAAUGAAAACGAAAAUAAACACUUUCAACUGUCGCCGGACGAAUAUGUUUCAUUGAGUAGAUUUGUACAUGAGCAACCGAACGAAUUUGAAGAACUUUCAGUUUCGGAUGAAUAUACUCUAUUGGUCGAUUCUGUUCCUUUGACCAAUCACAUCGAAUACGAUCGACUGCAUGAGUAUACACACGUUGAAUUAUCGACUUUAUUGGGUACAUUUCUCCAUGAACACGGUCAAUUUGUUGCUUAUGGUCAAUACGCUCCAUCAAAUGAACUGGUUUCGCAUAUUGAUGAGCAGUACGACUCACUGAUCAAUGAAAGUCUGUUCACUAAUGGGUUUGGCAUACCGGGUAAUGAACGCUAUGACGUUCAACCCUCCCAUGACGUAAUUAGUGCCGCAACUGAUGUCAACCACAUGUUUUGUUCAAAUGAUAUGCUAAACCGCCCAUUGUGA